AUGGCUGCAGACCUCCAGGAGGUCUGGGAGAAGAUAAAGGACGAACUGCAUCAGCUCCGCACUCUGCGGUCGUGCACAAAUAGCCUUCAAGACUUCCUCAAGAAGAAUGGUUUCGGACAGCGCGGCUCCGGGGAGGAGGAGCGCGAGGAAGGAGACGAGGGAGACCAGGACGGUGGUGGCAUGUCCUACACCGAGCGGGCUACAACCCGGACACAGUGCAGAAAGCUGACAAAGUUCAUCCGAAUGGUGCAGUUCCUGUUCAAUGAUGCAGUGUCACAAAUGGUGGUGCGCACCACCACGACAAAGUUUCAAGAACUGCUGGAUGCCUUCGUGGAGGAUGUGGAUGCGCAAGAGGCCGCCGCAUUAGCUCUCACCGAAGGAGAAGGCGAGAAGCCUUCAGAGGCUGGAAUCCUCCAACCAACCAGGCAGAUGUGCAACAACAAGACCUCGUGA